AUGGCACCUAAGAGGACAGGCAUCAGGUUGGAUCCCUGGAAGCAGUUCAACCUGCCUCAGAGCAUGCUAUUCCCAAAAGCAGCAGAGAAACAAGCACUCCAGUGUGCAGCUUGCAGCGGCCGUGCGUCCGCAGGUGCAGGCGACGGCUUCAUGACCUUUGAUGACCUCAGCCACGGUCUCGCCGAUGCCGGGUUGUCGGACCUCUCCGAACACCGAACGAGGAGGCUCUUUUCGGAGCUGGACGGAGACGUCAAAGGGCGAGUCAGCUUGCGCCAAUUCGCGAAGUGUCUCUCUACUGCCGCAGCCUCGGCACCCAGCCGUGUUGGGUCGCCCCUUGCCGCGCGCAACCUGCGCCGCAGCCCAAGCCCUCCAAUGCCCAGCACGCGCACAGCGAAGGGCACUUCUGGGCGGCUGGUGCGUUCGCCAUCUCCGCCCUCGCCGCGCCUGGCGCGCGCACAGAAGCCGUCCUUCGAACUCACGUAUCAGGCGCCAUCUGCACGGCCAAGCUUCAGCGGCCCCGCCUGA